AUGGUGAUCGCUGGCGCACAUCAGCGGCCCGCGAAUCAUCAUCGCAAUGUGAUCACAACCACAAUACAAGCACCAGUAACAACAGCAGCAGCAGUGGCGGCCGCCGCCUCUGCCGCCAAUCAUCAUAUACAUCAACAACAACAACAGCAGCAGCAACAACAGCAACAACACCAGCAACUACAACAUAACCACACAAACAACAAUCCGAACAAUGGUAAUACGAUUAUCGCCACCGCCGCUGCUCCGUCCAAUGCAAUCGAACAUUUCAACGUAACAUCAAUUGGCGAAUUGUCCAACGUGCAAUUGAGCAGUAUCAAUGCACAGCUAGUGGGCGGUAGUGUCACACCCGAGGGUAAUCUGGUGACAAUGGGUGGCGUGGUCAUCGGCCGUAUACAUUCGGCGUCUUUGCAAAGCAACGGACACACUCUGCAACCGCAAUUGCGUACAACAGCACAGCCGGCCACCAGAGAGGAACUGCAACAGUUGGGCGUGAUCAAGGUGGAGUCGCCAGCUGCUGAGUUUCAAAAUGAGGGAUGAGUCGAGUACGAAUUGCUGCUUGAGUAUAUGCUCAAGGAGGACGAGGAGGAUUACGCAGCCGCUUGCAAUGAUAAUAAAUUAAAUGCCAGCAGCGCUAGUGAUACUAUUGAGGAUGUUGGCGGUGGUGGCCACCGUAAGAGCGAUGUUGUAAUAUGUGGUGAUGCAGUUGGCAGUAGUGAAAGUGCUGGUAAUUGAGAUCGCGCACAAGUGCGUGUGACAUUCGCUAAGCGUAGUUAAAGCAAGCAUAUUGAAUUCGCGGUCGUAGUUAUUGUUGCUAUUGUUGCUAGUUAUUUAAAUGCAGAUAUCGAAAGUGAAGGAGAAAAGCAUAAUUAAAAUCACCAAUCAUCAUUAGUUUAUUACAAAAACUGCUGUUGUUGUCAACUUAUAAUCAUCAACGCCAUCAAAUUUGAAAUUGUAAUAAAGUGACAUUCUCUUAAACCCUAAAAGUAAAAAAGAAAACAGCAAACCUAUAACAAAAUCAUGACACUUGCUCACACACACAUACAUACGUACAGUGUUGCAAUUGAUAUGGAAUUGUGUAUGCUUUUCGAAACUAAAAAAAAAACUCAAACUCUAAUUCAAAUUCACACAAUUAAUGCAAAUAAUAAUAUUGAACACAACCGUUUGAAAUAAAUAAGGAAAAUUAUGAAAAUCAAAGAAAAAACAAACCUCUCUAGCCGUUAAGACAGAAAGUAGUAGCAACAAACAUGAUAAAAAUAUCUAAAAAACAAGAGAAUUAACACAAGCGAGUAAAACUAAAAUUAAUUUAAAUAAUUAUAGGGGAAAUAUACUAUUUUAUGGGGGUUAGUUAAAACAAAAACAAAAAAAAUUAAAGCACAAACUGCUGCAAAUAUAUUUUACCGUAUACAUUUUGAGUAGUAUUCGUUAUGAAAUUGGUUAUAAAUUCUGUUAUUCAUUAGUUGUGUAACGGCACUAAGCGCGAAACAUGCUUUUCGGUUACUUUAAAAUCAUGUUUUAGUACGAAAGCCACGUGUCCGGCGUGUGUGUGUGUGUGUGUCUGUCUGUCUGUAUGCGACAUAGUUUAGCAGUGUUUAAUUUCCUAAUUAACUAAGCACUUAUUGCGUUCCACACACUCCUACAUACAUACAUAUGUUUAUAUGUUUAAUUCUAAUAUAAAUAGUUAAUGAAAAAAUCGCAUUAAGUGGAAAUUAUGACAAUAAGCUCAUAAAGUAAUUACACGCAUAUUUGUUGUUGGACAGCACCUGCUUACACAAUGCACCGUGCAGAAUUUAUAGCGAAAAUCAUAGCUUAUAUUGUGGCACUAACUCGAAAACAUAUAUGGUGGAGUAAAACAUAUAAUUUAAAUUCGUUAUAAUGACCUAUUUUGUAUUUUAGUUUAAUAUUAAUAAUUCACAGCAAAUGAGACUUGUUUGUACUUGAAGCUUAACACAACUAUUUUUAGGUUAUAACACUUAAACGAAAUCGAAGUGGCGGCGCAGCAGCAUACAGUGCUGUAAAUGAUGAACUCGCUUUAUGUUUAUUAUAAUUUUUUACUUUUAUUUUAUUUUUCUAUUUUUUUUUUAAUUUUUUUGGCUAAAAACAAACUAAAUUUGUGCUGAAUACUUGUUUGAAUUGUAUGAAACAAAACCUUAGUAUAAGGUCAAAUUUUAAUUUAUUACUAAGUUUAGACUGUAAAGUUUAUUGAAUUUUUUUGUAGUUAUAAAGUUAACAUGUUUUCCACUACUUUGUUGGUUAAUUGAAAUUAUUAUAAAUUAUUUCAUAUAUACAUGUUUAAAAUGGCGUUUAGAGGCGCAGUGGAAACGUAAAUGCUAUUAUAUAUUAUCGAUGUUUUAUUUGAAAAUAAGCGAAAUGUAAAUGAAACUAAAAAAAAAGAAAAAAGAGAAAUACAAAUUUCUAUAUAUUUUAUAUAAAUUUUAAUUUUCCAAACUAAAACAAAUUGCCAUUAGGGAUUACAUGCUAAAAUCAAGUAAAAAGGUGAAGCGUGGCUGGCAGGCAGGCAAGCGCUUAAUGCCGUUGUUAACAUCUUAUGUGGAGAAUAAAGUUGAAGAUGAGUUUAUGAAAAUGAUUGCGAAUUUCUAAGAAAUUGUUUAUAUAUUGUUUAUAAGUAGGCAUUAUUUAUGUGCAUAACUGUAAUAAAAUUUAACAACAAAACAAGAAACGAAAUUAGUUUACGCCGCUUACAAUACUACUUAUAUGCGGUCUCCUGGAGAAAAAGCUUAAGUUUUCGUUAGCCACAAAGUUGUUGGAUUUUCGUUAAAGCAUUAAAAAAAAAAAGAAUUUACAAUUACAAAAAUCACUUUCAUUCAAAAUGAGUGCGCAAAAAUUGCUUAUAUUAAACAACAACACACCUUUCGAUUUGUAAAUUAUACGCUUUAUUUUAUAGCGCUGGUUUAAUGUAUGACACAUAGUGUUAUGAACUUUUAAAAAGUUGCCGCGCAUGUGUCACAGCUGAACGUUUUGCAUUGUAGUUAUAUGUGUAUGUGAGUGGCAGUGGCGUCAAGCGCUUGGCAAUUGCAACAAGUCAUUAAUAGCGAGUGAGUGUGCAUUGCUUGAAAAAAAGAAAGGAAAAAAACAGCAAAAAAAAAAACUAAAAUAAAACGGAAUUCAAAGCAGCUUACAUAGUUAGUAUUAGUUUGAAAACUAAAGCGUAUCAUAAUUAUAUAUGCAAGUAUGUGUGUAUAUGUAAAUUGAAAAUAUUUUUAUGAAUUUCCAUGUACUACAUGCAUAUACUAGUAUAAAUGAAAGUCUGUAAAAAAGCUAAAACACACACACACAUAUGUACAUACAUGAAAACCAAUAACCAAUCAAUUAAGAAAGAAAGUGAAACAAAAAACAAAAAACGAUACAAAAAACAGCAAAAAAAGAAAAGAAAAAACUAUAACGGUAUUUAUAAAUUUUGUUGUACUGUGUAUUGUAAGUUAAGCGUGAAGAGAGAAGCAACUUCUAUGGCAUUGCUGCCCGCAUACUGCAUACUUAUAACACACACACAUAGAAGAGGAAAGACUCGUAAUUUCGUUUAGGCGUACUCGAAAAUUACGUUUAGUUGUCAGCUCUUUUGACUUUGUGAUCGUCAAAGGAAUUGACCAAACUGAAACUGAUAAUAAUACCUAAUAAUAAUAACUUAUUAUAACAAAUAUUAUUUAAUGCUGGGCGUAGAGUUGCAUUAACUAGCACUGCGUUGCCCAAGAUGUUUUCCUUUAAUUUUGUAUAAAUAUAAAAUAAACAAAUAUAAAUAAAAUACAAUUAUUAAACAAAAAAAAAAACAAAAACAACCAUAAAAGUUACUUUAGACAAUUGCUUGUAAACAUAAUUACACAUACAUACGUUUUAAGUGCGAAGACAUGUAUUUAUGUAUAUGUUAAUAUUAUAAUUUUUUGAUUGUAAACAAAAAGAUACUUUUGAGACUUCAUAUAUAAAAAGCUUACAUGCGAAGAUUGCA